AUGGAUAUGGAGGAGAUCAAAAAUAAUUUCCAAAAGCUCAGAGACAGUAGUAAAGAGGAUGAGCUGAAGGAUUUUGGUAAAGCACAAGAAAUAGAAGUUGCAGAAAUGCCAUCACAGAAUAGAGAUUUCCAGGAGAGAAACAGCAACACUGAUGAUGAUUCCCAAGGAUUUCAAUAUCCAGAAAGAAAACAUGUGGGAUCGAAGAUCUGGGAGAUUAUUGAAAAGUAUAAAUCUCCUAUAAUAGCAGGAUUGCUUUGUUUGGUCAUGAAUGUAAUGUACAUGAUCUCAAAUACAUCACUAAAUUGAGAUUUUGAAUACCAUUUCAAUGAUUGAGUAGUAGCCUUAAGGAAGGCAUUCCCUGCAUGGUUGGGAGAAUGUGCUCUGGCUGGUGUAAUCUGGGGUGUCACCAUGAUAUUAUCUCUUACCAAAGUUUUUCAUAGAGCUUGGGCCAUUUUUCUUCUGGUUAACCUCAUUAUUCUUUUCUUUUACAAAAAUGGAAUGACUGCUAACUAUCAUGGAAGUCUCAAUAGAGUUAUCUUUAUCUUUAUAAUAUUGGUAACAUUUGGUGUAUACGGUGUUUACAGACUCUUUAAGUUUAUCCAUUCUAAAAACACAAAAAUUUUCUGGACAUGUGUUAUUGUGACACUCUUCCUUUGGCUCACAUUUUACUUCACAAAAAUAGAAGGAAGCUGUAAUGGUUGGGAGAAAGGUUUAGGAGCCCGUUCAAUUUUAAACACUGACGGAUAUUGACCUGUUCCAAUUCCAACAAAAUGCGAAUUAUCGAUCAGAGAUGGUGCUCUUGCUAUUUACAAACUUGGAAACACUUGAGAUAAAAGACCUAACAAGUUUCAAUUCAGUAAACUACCUCCAUCCCUCCAGUCAAACGAGAAAGAGUACAAAAAGAUAGGAUACCCUAGAGUUGAAGAUUAUGCAACUGAAGUGCACAUUAACCAAAAUCUCUUCAGAGAGCAUGUGUUUGAAAAUUAUUUCUAUAUGGAAGACCCUAAUGUUUCAGAGGAAGUGAAGAACAACACUGAAUUUUAUAUUGAUAUGACUAACCCAGAUGAACACAAAAUAGUCAUGGAAGUAAAGCCGAAUGCAACUAGAGCUCAAGAACAGAAAGAAUUAUACCAAACUUCUCGUAAGCAGGAGGAAGAAAUGGGCACUUUUAAGGACAGAAUUGACAAGAAUAUGCUUAUUCUUUAUAUUGACAACCUCUCAAGAGCUCAUUUCUACAGGAAGAUGCCUAAGACAGCAGCUUGGCUUGAUCAAUAUGUUGAUAAUGAAGAAAACGAGUACUCAGCAUACCAGUUCUUCAGAUACCACGGAGUGUAUUUUAACACUCAGUUUUCAAACUCAGCAUUAUGGUUUGGAGCAGUUCAUGAAGUAGAAAAUACCUCAACAAAUAUCUUUGAUUCCUUCCAGAGACACGGCUACAUCACUGGGUUUUUUAAAGAUUCUUGUGAGACAAGGGCUUCUGAAAUCAGAAAUGAAGACUUGAAAACCCACAGAUUCGACCACUUUGGUGGAACUAUAUCUUGUGAUGACAAUUUCGACAGAAAGCAAGUUGGCCAGGUUACUUGGUUUGAGGGGAAAGGAUCAUCUUUGAGACAUUGAAUCUAUGGUCAAAACAUCCAUAAUGUUCAAAUUGAGUAUCUCAAGCAAUUUUGGGAGGCAUAUCCUGAAAACAGAAAGCUUUUCAGAACCCACUUUAGUGAGGCACAUGAAGGUAUGGGAGAACUUAUCAAUGUGAUCGAUGAAGAUUUCAGAGAUUUAUUAGAAUAUUUUAUGAAUAAAGGAUACCUUGAAGAUACUUAUAUUACAAUUCUCUCUGACCAUGGGGCACAUGGAAUGACUUUGAAAGUUCCAGGAAUCCCAGACAAUAGUAGAGAUAUUGAGAACUAUUAUCCUCUUUUAUUCAAAUUUACCAAAAAUGACAUUCCAAAAACAACAUCCCACUACUUAUUAGAAAACGAGCAAUCCUUCAUCAGCUCUCACGAUAUAUACGAAACAAUGAAUUCAAUUGCUGAGAAUAAGAGAACUAACCUUAGCGAGGCUAAAUCAUAUGUCUUUACUCAGGAACAAGUUCCUAAAACAUCAGAUUGCUCAAACAGCACCGUCUAUACCGAUAAAUGAUUUUGUAAGAAUUAAUCCUGUUCAAUA